ACUUCUCUCUUUUAUAUGUUUUUCUUCUUUCUUCUUCUUCCUUUUUUUUUUAUGAAUAACAUGCAAAUUUAGUCUUUUUACCGUGUUUUCUCAUCAGUUUGUCAUGGAAACUUUAGUUUCUGAAGUAUUUAUGUAGUGUGUUGAUGUUCUUGUUCCUCUUUAAUUCCACUCUUCUUCUUGUGUGAAGCAUCUUAAUAUAUAUGUAACUUUUGUGGUUGUUAUGUGUUCAUUUUUCUUCCUUACACCGAUAAUGUUAUCCAUGAAAGUAAAUAAUGUGGAAGAUUAAAUGGAGAAAAAAAAAAUCCGUUAUCAAAUUUAUUAAAGAAACAAUUGUCAUGGAGAAAAUCAGAAGUUUUAAUUAGAUUUUGUUCUUUCCAUUUCUUAUAAUAUAGAAAAUAUGUAAAGGCUAUGUUUCCUAAUUGAGCUAAACUAUAUAUUUCAGAUAGCAAAGCCAUGAUGAUGAUCUUUUUGCCUUAAAUUCUUGUUUUCUUCUUCUUCUGCUUCUUCUCUUUUGAUCUUCCAACAAUUGAAGUUUUCAUUAUCAGUGCACUGAUCUUUCUUUCUGGAAAAUGGUUGGCUUUGGCAAGAAGUUGAGAGAAUCACAAAUUCAAGAAUGGAAAGGGUAUUACUUCAACUACAAAUUGAUGAAGAAGAAAGUAAAGAGAUACUUAGAACAAAUGGAGGUUGGAGCACAAAACCGCCACAAUGUUCUCAGAGACUUCUCAGUGCUGCUAGACACUCAGAUAGAAAAGAUUGUUCUAUUUCUGCUUGAACAACAAGGAGUUUUAGCACACAGGCUGUGUGAUCUUGCACAAGAGCACCACAGUCUCUUACAGCAGCCGAAUAAUUCAAACAUCUCUGAACUCCAAGAAGCAUACAGAGAAGUCGGCCGAGAUCUUCUGCGACUUCUUCAUUUUCUAGAAAUGAAUGCAAUUGGUCUGAGAAAGAUCUUGAAGAAGUUUGACAAACGGCUUGGCUAUAAAUUCACAGACUAUUACGUGAAGACGCGCGCAAAUCAUCCUUAUUCGCAGUUAAGGCAGGUUUUCAGGCAUGUGGGUAUUGGGGCUGUUGUCGGAGUCUUAUCUCAUAGCUUUGCAGAUCUUCAUGAUUUAAAACUAUGUCAAGGAAGCUACAUUUCUAUAUAUGAUCAACCUUCCUAUACUCAUCAAGAUCCAAUUCUUGAGUCCAUCAAAUUGGCAGUGGACAGAUUAUCAAACUCAACAAGCUUCCUUCAGUUCUUGGGAAGGCGCGCUUUUAUCGUGCAAAACGAGCAGCUACCAUCUUCACCUAAAGAUCAAAUCAUCAUGGAUGAUCAAUUUCAUUUCAUGUCACUUCUAUUGAACUUGGCAAACACAUUCUUGUACAUGGUCAAUACAUACAUCAUUGUGCCUACAGCAGAUAACUACUCCUUGAACCUUGGAGCUGCAGCCUCUGUAUGUGGCGUGGUCAUUGGAUCUAUGGCCGUCGCGCAAGUGUUUUCGUCAGUUUAUUUCAGCGCGUGGUCUAAUAGAUCGUAUCUGAGACCACUGAUAUUCAGUAGCAUUGUUCUUCUAAUUGGUAACACCUUGUAUGCAUUGGCUUAUGACCUGAAUUCAUUACCAGUUCUUUUGAUUGGACGCCUUUUUUGUGGGUUAGGCUCUGCAAGAGCAGUUAAUAGGCGUUACAUCAGCGACUGUGUACCGUCGAAACUUCGGAUGCAGGCUUCGGCAGGCUUUGUUAGCGCGAGCGCUCUAGGAAUGGCAUGCGGUCCUGCACUUGCUUGGUUGUUGCAGAAAGAUUUUAGGAUUUUCAAUCUCACCAUGAACCAGGACACUUUACCUGGUUGGGUUAUGGCUCUUGCAUGGCUUAUAUAUCUUUUAUGGUUGUGGAUUUGUUUCAAGGACCCUACAAACAACAAGAAUGAAGGAAUUCUCGUAUCAUAUCAAUCGAAUAAUGCCGAAAUACAUGUUGCAGUAGAAGAUGAACAAACACAACCAUUGCUGAUGAAUACAGCAGAAUCAAAGCAACAAGAGAAUGAAGAUGAUGAAGAAGAAAACCCUGAUAAAGAAACUCAAAAGCCUAUAACUUCCAUUGUAGCAGCAUACAAGUUACUUACCCCAUCAGUAAAGGUUCAAUUGUAUGUAUAUUUCAUGCUCAAGUAUGCAAUGGAAAUUGUGCUUGCUGAAUCAAGCCUUGUGACUGAGUACUAUUUUAUAUGGUCAACAAGCAAUGUAGCAAUUUUUCUUGCAUGCCUUGGCCUAACUGUGCUUCCUGUUAAUAUAGUUGUUGGAAACUACAUCAGCAACAUUUUUGAGGAAAGACAAGUUCUGUUGGGUUCAGAAAUCAUGGUAUGCAUAGGACUAGUCCUAAGCUUCCAAGCAGUGAUCCCUUAUUCAGUGCCUCAAUAUGUUGGAUCAGCCCUUAUCACAUUUGUAUCUGCUGAGGUUCUUGAAGGAGUAAACCUUUCACUACUAUCAAGAGUGAUGUCAUCAAGGCUUUCACGUGGAACCUUCAAUGGAGGAUUGUUGUCAACAGAAGCUGGAACACUAGCAAGAGUAAUUGCAGAUGGAACCAUAACUAUCGCUGGCUAUUUUGGUCAAAGUCAACUCCUCAAUACCACUUUACUCCCUGCACUCUUCUUCUGCAUCUCUUCCAUUCUUGCUACUUGCUACACUUACAACUCUCUUUAUUAGUUAGUUAAUUAAUUAUCCUCCUCUUUUUAAUUAGAACUUCAAUUUGUAUAUAUUCACCUUCUUUUUUAGCAUAUUAAC